AAGGAGACCCGGCCCGGCCACGCGUCCGGCCGUGCGGGACGAUGGACACAAGCUCAUCCCCUUUGCCAAGUGAGUCGUCCCCACCCCGUGGGGAGGGGACGAAGGGAAGGUAGGCGCCCGGUGUCCCCCCGACGGCAGUGCCCGACGAGGGACUCUGGGCAAAGCCUGGUCUCCGCAGGAUCACGACGCGCUCGGCGGUCCCGCCGACGGGUCCCCUCCAGACCGGCGGUGUCCCGGUCGCGACGUCAAGCGCGGCCCCAGGGUUAGAAGGACGAGGGACGGACGGACGGAGCUGGCCUUCGAGGGGAGGAGACGGCACGUCCCAACACGAGUGUGACUUCCCUUAGAGUGUCAGGAGAGACGAAGUAGUGACCUGUGCUGGCGACCGGGGCGCUCUGCAGACACUUGGACGGUGCGGCUGUGGAAGGCGGCUCUGGGGACCCGAGUCUGAGCUCGGAUCUGAAGAUGAGAAUCAGCCGGUCUGACAAGAGCCCAGGCAGGGGGUGAGGGGAGAAGAAGGAAGAGUGGGGGGACCCCCACGAAAGAGAGAGGCGCGGGAUCUUGUAGGACAGGGAAGCCCGCCAGCGAGACUGAAACUGGGUGAUCCAGGGAAAAGCAGAGAGCAGCGUCGGCAUUGGGGGCCAGCGUCUACAGGACCUCCCAGGCCACCGGGAAAGGUCCGGGUUUCAUCCUAAGGACAGUGAAAGUCAGUGGAAGGUUCUUAGCACGGAGAUGACACGAGCAGAGCUUUCUCCUUCCUCUCUGGUUUCUUUGUUGUGAAAAAUGUCAAAAAGCAAAGUAGAGAACCACUCGUCCUGGAGCCAGCGUCCGCGCUCUGGGAGCUUCCCACAUCACGGUUCCGGGCUGGAUCCGCUCAUCUGUGCCACCAUCUAGCUGCCUCCCGCUCGGCUUAUUUUGAAGUGUUCCAGGGUUGUCCGCCGAUCGGCACCCCCCGGCUUGCCUUCCCAGAGCCCCGGACUGAUGCCCCAGCGAUACGGAGACCUCUUCUGGGAGAACCUUAGCCAAAAGCCCAGCCCCACCUGGAUGGAAGAACAGUACACCCCACCCCUGCAGAGAGCCACUGGAUGCUCCCAGCCUGGCCUGUACCCCCCUGAGGGGCUCCCACCACCGGAACUGCUUUGCAGAAGAAAGAGAAGGAGGCCCCCUUUGGCAGGAAUGCAGCAGGGAGCUGGGGGCAUCCCAGCCCGGGUGAGGGCAGUCGCUUAUCACCUGGAGGAUCUAAGGAGGCGACAGAGACUCAUCAAUGAACGGAAAAAUGCCCAGUGGGGCGGCUCUGGGGCUGCAUCUGAGCCCCUGGCUCUUGCCCAUGACCUCGGUGGAGUCCCCAGCACCACCCAAUACCGGGGUCUGGAAGAGGAGAGGGCUGCCUAUCCACAGGAAGACGGCCACCUUCUCACCAGUGGCGGGACCCAGCUGCUCUGGUCUCCCUGGAGCCCCCUGGCCCAGGGCGGGUCUUGCCUCCCCAGGCGGCUGGGCUCCCUGGCCUCCUCCAGCGCUGUCGGGGCUAGCAGGACGCUCCUCUGCAAACCCUGGGGGAUGGAGGUGCGGUCUGAGGAGUGAGGAUGGACGCCGUGUCCCCGGUGCCCCCCGCUGCCGCUGCCCCGCGGGCCCCAGGCUGGCUGGCGGCCCUGGAGCUCCCGACUUGUGACAGGGAGGCGUUUCCCCCUCCUUAGCGUCUCCCAGCUGCCCCCACCCCUAGCCCCCUCGUCCUCCCUGGUCAACCCGCCCCUCGCGGGGCUUCCCGGGCCGGCUGCCCGCCCCCAGCCCCCAGGCUGGAUCCCGGGACCUGUGCCCCUCCUCUGUUCUGGCAUUAAAAAGCAAGCGAGUCGAGCCCGGAGUGUCUCUCUGCCCGGGGAGC